AUGUGUGGCAGAUUUUCAUUAGGAAUUAAUAUUAAUGAUUUGCCGCUGGUGUUCAAUGACACAGUACAAGAAGGAGCAAACCAGGCACUGGCAGAAUCGGCAACAGACUUGAAAGAAGUUUCGAAAGAUAGAUACAAAGCAUACGAUUCAGAUGGUCAGCUUGGAUAUGAAUUGUUUUUAUCUGAUAUAGCCGCUUUCAAAUCUUCUUAUAACAUUGCUCCCACUAAUGAUGCGUUAAUCAUCUAUGCCAAAAAUUCCGAUAGCACAGACAAGCUUGUUUAUAUUGUCGAGACACUGAAAUUCGGCUUAGUUCCUAUGUGGGCAAAGCCAAAAGAUUCUCUGCCUGUCAGAAGAGGUGGGAAGCCAGGACCGAAGUACUCUAAAGAAAUUCAAAAAUACGAAUCUAUGUACUUCAACUGUAGAAAAGAAACUCUAGCACAAAAGAAAGCAAUAUGGAAUAGCUGCAAGAACAAUCGGUGUGUCAUUCCUAUACAAGGAUACUUUGAAUGGCUCAAAAAGGACAAUAAGAAGAUACCAUACUUUAUUUCCGAUUCUAAGCAGCCCUUGGUUUAUUUGGCAGGGUUUUAUUCCCAUAACACUAAUUAUAAGGAUGUGGUUGAAGAUUCAAGGGGCUAUAUAUCUUCUUUUACUGUAGUAACGGGACCGGCCGAUAAAAAAGAUUCUAAGGAUUUAUCUUGGCUCCACAACAGAAAACCUCUUUUGGUUGCACCAGCUUCAAAGGAAUGGUUCGAUUGGUUGAACCCCAAAGCAAAGUGGUCCGAAACGCUUUUAUCAACUACGUUGGAUACUAUUAAUAAUGAAGCAUAUUUGCAUAUCCAGAGUUUUAAAGUUUCAAAAGAUGUCGGGAAUCCAACUACUGAGGGCGCUUAUCUUAUUAGGGAAGAUAAAGGAUCCCAAAAAUCUAUCGAACUGUUUCUCCAGAGUUCUAAGAAAAGUCCCAAGAGAAAGACUGAAGAGGAUUAUUCCCCUAACAAAAGAGUGAAAAACGAAUCUCAUAGUAUCCCCACAGAGAAGACAGAAACGGAAAUUAAAAAAGAUAUUAAAGAAGAGAAUGAACAAAAAAUUAAAAUGGAGCCUUCAGGCGAUUAG